AAGAGUUCUACAGCCCUACAGCGCGGUAGUCGUAGCCGAGUUUGAUCGAGGUCGAUCACGGUAGUGCACGUAGCGUAAAGAGCAACGCGCACGGUGUAUUAAAACUGAAACGAUAAAACGGCCCCAAAAUAUAGGAAGAAAUAUAAAACGUUGGAGACUGCACUGAAAUAUAAAUUCCUAAGGAAAGAGAGAGUUGGAGAUCGCCGGAAGAUAAAAAAGAUUCUGCAAAAGCAAGCGAUGUUUCGAAGAGUCACAUCGUCGUCAAAAUAUAAGAAUUAAGAAGUAUGUAAACUGUGAGCACAGAAUUUAAGUAAAACAUAAAUUGUAUUUGAAGAUAUAACAAAAUUGCCGAUUUUUCAUUAAAGAGUUAAACAAAUUGAUUGACACGUUUGUAACAUAAAAUUCGAGAACUUACUUCGUUAUGUGCGCGAAAGGAAGUGAAUUAUAAAGACUGUCUGGCCACGCCGAUCGAUAAGGACACCUUAGGGUACAAUUCGUAAGCCCUUUGUGCUUUUUGUUGUAAAGGGCGGUGGCCAAGUGCGUGGUAGAUCAACAGCAAUCUACGGAAUUUAUGUUAUUAAUAAAGAAUAAAGUGCUGCGAGUGAGAUAUCUCUUUGCAAACAAUGGAGAUAUAGAAACGCGAACCUGCGCGCUUUUUCCAAGUACAUUUUGUGAUGCAUCUGUCGACAGAAUCGGUGGACGAUGAUCUUAAAUUGCCAUGGGACGAAACGUAUUGAGGAUCUUGAGGAUCUUGCUGCUCCUCUGCUGCAUGCUGCAACCGCACGUCGGGCAACUGACUCGAGACACGCGAUGCUUUCUGGAGAAUGGAGCCACUGCGGCGCAUCUCUUUGUCAGCGAGGAUUUGCCCGUCGGCGAUACCGUGGGAAUCCUCGGGGUGCUAGGUGAUCCUAGCUCACAGGGUGACAUCGAGCUGAGCUUGCAGGAGCAUGACAGCCCCGUCGCAUUCUCGCCAUACUCGAAAAAUUUAACUCUUAUCAGGCCGCUCGAUAAGGAGGGUGUCGAGGGACCAGCCAGCGUUUAUAUCAACGUUAUUUGCGAGAGGAAACACACCUUGGACCCGGGAUUUGUCAUACCGGUGAACAUCCGGGUAACCGACGCGAAUGAUAAUUCGCCGCAGUUCGUGAAUGCGCCUUACGUGCUAAAUAUUUCUGAGGUUACCGUCGUUGGCACGAGAGUCCUGCAAGGAGUCCGGGCCGUCGACGCUGACCAACCAGGACCGUAUUCCACUGUGCAAUACACAGUUCUACCGGGAGCUCACUCGGAUUACUUUGUUUUCGUGAAUGCUUUGGAAGGCACUCUUGUACUAAGGAAAUCGCUGGAUUACGAAGUCCUCACCAACUUCUCCGUUGACAUCCGUGCUCAAGAUCAAGGUAAUCCACCACGUUCAUCAACGACAACGUUGUACGUUAACGUUAUCGAUGCCGACGAUCAGAAUCCAGCUUUUUUGGACAAUCAAUACAAAGUCACCGUACCUCGCCACAUAAAAGGGAGGAAAUUGUUAAGGGUGGUGCCUGACUGGAUUAAAGCCGAAGAUAAAGAUGUCGGCAUAAAUGCGUCAGUCCGAUAUACGAUACAAGGCGGGAUCUUACCCUUUCUUGAUUUGAAUCCCGAAACUGCCGAAAUCGUCAUGAUACGACCGUUACAAGACCACGAGCUAAUGGCGCCAGCAACUAUCGUUAUUAAGGCUACUCAAGAGAAUAACGCCGAUAGGUACGCUCUUGCCACGGUUAUUGUAUCACGAGAAGAUAUGGUUGGUCCAACAGCAGGCGGCCGAUUACCCGUGAAAUUCGUGCAAAAGAAUCAUCAAACGAGCGUGCCGGAGAACACGCCGUCUGGGAGCGUUCUUCUAACAACGGGCGUCAACAAAGCCGAUCCUGAAUUAAAAUUCUGGCUGGAGGGCCCGGUGGAAGAUUUGGAGAGAUUCUCGAUCACUAAUUCUGGCGAGUUGAUUCUCAAAGGGAAUCUGGAUUACGAACAACGAAUCCAGCACAGCUUUCGGGUUCACGUCACAGACGGAUAUCAUAACGAUACCUCACGUGUAAACGUUUCGGUCGAGGACGUGAACGAAUGGGAGCCUCGAUUCCAAUAUUCCCGGUAUGAAUUUCAUGCUCAUUCCGCGAGAGAAGGCUCCGUCAUAGGCAAAUUAGAAGCAGCUGACGGCGAUAGGGGAGACAAAAUCAGUUUAUCCCUUAGAGGACAAGAUGCAAGGUCCUUUGAGAUUAGAGAUACUGGAGAAUUAGUGUUGAGAUCGCAAAGUUCGUUUAAUGGAUCUUUGGCCCGAUUUAUAGCGGUGGCUACCGAUACCGGAAAACCGCCCAGAUCCAGCAUGAUCCCAGUAAUCGUUCACAUACCGAACGGCGGCUCUUUGCCGAUCGCUGCGAGAGCUGCACCUGCUUGGCUCGGUAGCAGCGUGCUGUUAGUUGCAAUCUUCGGCGCAGUUUUAGGUCUUCUUGGUGUUGUCAUACUCAUUCUCAUUCUUUACAUUUAUAAGCAUAAAAGGCCAAAAAGCGGCGGUUCCGUCAGCUCUGUGGGUACAGGAUAUCGCGAGAAAUCACCAGUUCCCUCUGCUCUAAGUCCAACUCCCCAAGUGCUAGGUGCCAACGUUCUUCAGGACGCCUUGGAAGGCCCGCGGAAUCGGCGUCACGAUAUCGACGACAACGAAAACGAUAACGUCGACAGCUGUAACGAAAUCGAUAAUCCCGUCUUCGGGGAAGCCAAUGAAAGCUCGUACAGCGCUACAAUCAAAAGUAUAGCGUCGGCGAGACAAUUACCAUUGUACGCCCGGCAUAAAGUGGCGCCCGCCCCGAAUCCACCAGCCCUAUCAGCCACUUCGAACAUUCCCAAUAUCGGCGGACUGGUGCAGAAUAUGAACGACUUGAGUGCUAGAACCAAUUUGGAUGCUGGAUCCCAUGACUCUUCCAAUUAUUCCGGAGAUCCUCCAGACUCUCUGGUGCCAGCGUGGCCCGCCAGCUCGGCCUUACCGAGGAUCAAAAAGUUGUCCUGGGACGACGAUGAUAGGACCGUGGAUAGCGUCGAGGUCGCGGCGGAAACGCGAACCGGAGACAAUCAAGCUGGCAACGAGAGGCUCAAUCUCACCGUAUACUUCUAACGAUUCAUUAUUUUGUAAAUGGGACGAACGUCCAAUAACGAUGGCGGAAGACUGUUGUAAGCGCUGUUUGGCCAGUUCAGUUAAAUAAAGUCUCGUUGAUGUCGAAAUUCUAUGAAUGAGCUUCGAAGCAUCGCAACGCGAUGCGACCUCACCCGCAUAUUCGGUCCACGGAGUAUCUGUGUUAUCUGCGCAGCAUAGCGUUAAUUCGCAUCAUCCUGAAUGGAUUGCAUCCAUUAUCUGCACGAUGCGACAUCGAUCUCCGAUAUUACGGUGUUAAGGAGCAAUCAUUAGAAAUUGCUAGAAAUUCAACAAUGGAGACACAAAAAUGGAAAACUCUUAUGUUAAAAUUUACGUAGAGAGAAGAAAAGUACUGGCGAAUUGGAACACGACGAUAGUCUAACAUAUAAAUAUAUUAUCAAUAGAUACUAAUUAAUUAAGAAAAGAGCAUCAUUUUUUAUAAGUAUAUUAUUAAUGUACAUACGCAAGAAAUGUUAUACGAUUGUAUAGUUACUGCUUAUUUUUAAUCGCCUUGUUAAUAAAGUCGAUAAA